CGACGAGCGAGGCGACGGCCGGGGCCCCGGUCGCCUAGCGACCGUGACGCCUUCACCCGGCUCAAGCCAUGGCGGCCGAGGCAGUGAAGGUGGUGGUUCGAUGCCGGCCCACGAACGAACGCGAGAAGAACCUGGGCUGUAAGGUGGUCGUGAGCAUGGACACGGCGCGGGGACAGUGCUUCAUUCAGAAGCCCGGGUCCGGGGAUGAACCCAAACAGUUCACCUUCGAUGGCACCUACUUCAUAGAGAGCAGCACGGAGCAAAUCUACAACGACAUCGCCUACCCGCUGGUCGAGGGCGUGGUGGAGGGCUACAAUGGGACGGUGUUUGCGUACGGACAGACGGGCUGCGGAAAGUCUUUUACCAUGCAGGGCGUAUCGGAGCCAUCUGCCCAGCGAGGCGUCAUCCCGCGUGCGUUCGAGCAUAUCUUCGAGAGCAUCCAGUGCGCGGAAAACACCAAGUUCCUUUUCCGAGCCUCGUAUCUGGAAAUCUACAAUGAGGAGAUAAGAGAUUUGCUUGGAAAAGACACGAAGCAGAGGCUUGAGCUGAAGGAGCACCCCGAGCGUGGCGUGUACGUGCGCGACCUGUCCAUGCACACGGUGCACAGCGUGGCGGAGUGCGAGCGCAUCAUGCAGGCGGGCUGGAGUAACCGCGCCACGGGCGCCACGCUAAUGAACAAAGACUCGUCGCGAUCGCACUCCAUCUUCAGCAUCCACCUGGAGAUGUGCACCACUGACGAUCAGGGCGAAGACCACAUCCGCGCGGGCAAGUUGAACUUGGUUGACUUGGCGGGCAGCGAGCGCCAGUCCAAGACCGGCGCGCAGGGCGACCGCCUCAAGGAGGCCACGAAGAUCAACCUGUCGCUGUCGGCACUCGGCAACGUCAUCUCGGCCCUCGUGGAUGGGCGCUCCAAACAUGUGCCAUACCGCGACUCCAAGCUCACGCGGCUACUGCAGGACUCCCUGGGCGGCAACACCAAGACGCUGAUGGUGGCGUGCAUCUCUCCCGCCGACAACAACUACGAGGAGUCGCUGAGCACUCUGCGCUAUGCCAACCGCGCCAAGAGCAUCCGCAACCGCCCGCGUGUCAACGAGGACCCCAAGGACGCGAUGCUGCGCGAGUACCGCGAGGAAAUCACCCGCCUCAAAGCCUUGCUCCAGGGACAGGUUGCAGCUCCCGGCCGAUCUGCAGAGGCACCAAGAGCAAAGGAGGAAGUCAUUGCAGCUGUCGAUCACCAAGCUGAAAUUGAGAAGGAAAGGCAGAAGAUUCGACAGGAGUACGAGGAGCGGCUGUCGCGCGUGCGGGGAGACUUUGAGGCCCAGCAGCGCUCCAAGGCACGCUUGGAGGAGGCUCUGGACACCCUGCGUGUCUCCUACGAGAAGAAGCUCACCACCGUGGAAGAGCGCCUCACCGCGGUGGUGGUGCAAGCGGAGGUGAAGCGCGACCAGCAGGUCGAGAGGCCAGGCACAGCUGCCCCACGGGCGCUGACAAGCGUGGAGCGGGCGCUGCCCCAAGCACAGAUUCCGGACGUGCGAGCGGCCAGCGCGCAGGUAGCGCGUCACAUCAACAGUGUGAAGAGCGUGGAGGAGCUGAGGGAGGGCACGCAAUCGGAGGUAGAGGUGGAGGCAGAGGCUGCCGAUCAGCCCAGCACCAUUGCCCAGCUGGAGAAGGAGGAGGUGCUACGCAGGCUGAGCUCGCUCCAGCGCGACGUCGUGGGCGGGGAGCAGGCCCACAACCCCGAGCUGCACGAGCGGCGAAAGGAGCGCCGGCGCCUGGCAGACGAGCGGCACCGACGACUCGUGGAGAGUUUGCGCCUGGACCACGAGGCCGACGGCGAAGGGACGGGCGACAGCGACGAGGUGGUGAUGCGCGUCUUUGACUCCAUGAGGGACGAGGCGGAGGAGAAGGAGCGGCAGCUCAACAAGAGCCGCAAGAAGCUGCGAGCCGUGCAGGCGGACAUCAGCGACAUCCAGCAGGAGUUUGAGAGCGAGCGGCGCGACUACCUGGACACGAUCCGGCGGCAGCAGCGCGAGCUGCGGCUGCAGCAGCAACUGCUGGAGCGCGUGGCGCCGUGCCUGCGGCGCGACUGCAACUACGCCAACCUGGAGCGCGUGCGCAGCGAGGCCACGUGGGACGAGGACGCACAGGCCUGGAGGCUGCCCGAGAUGAUCGUCACGCGCACCUCCCUGCCGCCAGCCGGUGGCGGCGGUGCACAAGCCAAGCCCUCGCGUCGCACCCCGCCGCACGAGAACGGGAACCACCAACGCGAGGACCGGUUCCUAGAGCGGCUGACGCGUGCCGAAGCCGAGGACGUGGCCGGGAACUACUUCAAGCCGCGUCGCGCCUCCCUGCUGCUUAACAAGGAGGCAUCGCGCAGUCUGGGUACCGAGUCGACUCGCCGCGAUAUAAUCCCUGGGCAUGGGCACAGUGCUCCAAGCAUCCCAGUAUCCCCACUCUCUGGGCCGCUGGGGCUCUAUCCCCAGCCGGGACCCCUCGAGCCACCCCCGAGUGCCCGGCCACACCGACUCGGAGCCCUCGAGGGGCCUCUGCCACUCACCGCCCAGCGGGGGAAGAAGAAACAGAACAAGCCGAGUCCGCACGGCAACUCAGAGGAAAUGGAGGUACCUUUCUGAGGAAACGUGACCAAGAGGCCUGGACCUGAAACGCCGGUUACGUGGCGUGUACGCGUGUACACAUGUACGCGUGUACCAGCGUGGUCAUACGGUCAGGAAAAACACUACCCAAUACGAGCCCUGCAACACAUUCAUCUUCCUAUAUAAAAGAUAGAGAAAGAUGAGCUCCUGCAAGAUAACGUGUCUUAUUCAUUAAAAGUCAGUGCUGUUACAGCAGGGUAAUGUCAACAUCACCUGUGACCAGCACACUCUGUAAGGCUAGAGGAGCAUACAGCUGGAAUCCAGUAUUUUUGAGGCAAGAGCUGGCAGACUGUGGAUUUGUUAAACUCUCUUCACCCCGCUGCUCGGUGGUCAGAUGGCAGCACUGUAUGGGUUUGUUUAUGGCGACACGGUGGCAAGACGGUAACUACCUCGCCAAGUAUACAGGAGGUCUUGGGUUUGAUCCAGACCAUGGUAUAUUUGGAGUUUGCAUAUUUUUCCCCGUGAUCGCAUGGAUUCUUCUCUGGGUCCUCUGGUUUUUCCCUGUCUGUGUGGACCUAUCUUUUAAUUGUAUCCCCUGUCCAGAAACUUUGGUGUUUCCCACACGCAAAGGACUUGGCCAACGAAUCGUUCCAACACAGGAUCCUUCUGAAAUACAUUCUUGAGAGGCUCUUCAGGAUAAAUAUGACAACUGAUGUCAUAAUCUAGUUUAACAAAUACGAAUCUAUUAAAAAAUAUAUAUUUAUGAUAAAGACUGUUUGCUGUAAUAUUGUCUUAAUUCUACAGAAUCUGCGAUUUGUUAAGUGUGUUAAUCAUUGCCUUCAAAACACAAAAUGUUACUUUCUAUUUGACAAAAGCUCGCCAUGAAGAUGAAUCUUUAUUUUGUUAUUUAUAUUUAAAAUUGUAUAUUGAUGGGUUUAUAGAAUUGUAAUCGUAACGGAGGCUACUUUGGACUUGAUCAUACCAAUGUGGUAAAGGCCAGUGUGUAAGUGCACACACUUUACUGGGGCUAGAUUUCUAAUUUUCAAAUUGGGUGUUGCAUGACCUCAAGAUGCCACAAAGCAAGUAUGCUCCCUUACAGGAUGCAUUGUACCAGAUUGUAAUACUUGUUUUCUAUAAUAUCCAGAGGGCCCAAGAGCAGUUACUUAAAUGUUUUGACCAGAAAUGCCACAUUUGACAUUCCCACCAAAAAUCAAUAAACACCUUUUUGAACUAGUUAAACAUUUAUUUUGCCAUCAAUUGUAUGCGCUUUGACUGCACAAUGCAAAAUGUGGCAUUUGCAUAAUUGCAUUCCAUAACUUUUCCACUGGUUGGCCAUUGGAAAUGAACAAAAGUAGUGCUGGAAUUUCCAAUUAUAUAAAUUAAUGGAUUACUGUACACAUGUUUUAAUUUGAAUAAUCAGACAGCAUGUAAAAAGUUGGAAAAACAUUCUCACCCUUUGGUACCAUCUGUGCCGCUGGACGGGAGGUGGUGAGGGACAGAGCUUGGGUGAUGUCACGUGGGGUGUGGCAACCGUUUCUCACCUUCGGGAGGCAGAAUGUCAGGGCGGCCGCUGUUUUUUAAGGGGCCAGAGGAGUCAAUCACAGAACAACAGUCACAAUGUCAAGUCGAUUAACAUAUUGAAUCAACUUGUCAUCCAGUCAUAAACAGCGAUGAUUUUUUAAAAUAAAAAAAACCUCUAAUGGAUUUUGUUUCAAUUCGGUGUAGUUAGGUUAUAAUCCAGUGAUGAAUUGGGAAAACAAAGAUCUCAAACCCCAUGAUUCAUUGCACCAAAACUUGUAGUAGAGUUUAUGACCAUGAUAAAUCUAUGAAAGUUGUUGGCUUUUAAAUGUAUGCAAAUAACAUACAUUUGCAUUUUUCAAUGUUGUGUAUGACACAACUGACUUAAGUUCCAUUAUCGCAUGAAGCCCAUGAUAUGUUAUGCUCAAACUUGUAGCAAGGUUAUAUUUUGGAUUCUGUUAAAGUUUAAUAGUUUUGUUCAUGUAUUUGACAAUUUUUUUCAACAUGCACCAUGUAGCAAAAGUGUGUACAAAUACAAACUAAACUAAGUUACAAAACAUAAUGAAAAUGAAUGCGUGUAUUUGUUAACCAACCUGUGAUAUUGCACUUCUGACUUUUUUUCAUAAUAUAAAGUUACUUAGAAUGAUUAUGUAAUUAUGCUUCAUCCUGAAAGAUGUAACUUCUGGUCUUUGUCAACAUCUAGAAUUCUCUGAGAGAACUAGAGCAAUUAUAAAGUUAAAUUCCCAACAGUGCACAUUUCAGACAAGUACUAAUAUACCAAAAUUGAAUGCCACAUCAAGUUUGAGGAUAAUACUUCAUAGGAUUCGUGAAAUGUCAUUUCCACUUUGAAGUUUUGAAAUGCGUAAUAAAAUUACCAUAUAUAUUAAAAAAACUAAACUUUGGAAAAUCACUGCUGGGUAAGCCAACUCCUCCAACUUUUAUCUGAAUAAAUAAUCGGGUUUAAGAUAUGUUGGACAACUUAGUUCAUCAAUCCCUUCCAAGAAAAUUUAAUGAGCACUAUUUCCGUAUACAUAAAAAAGUUUUUAUCGAGUUACAAGCAGCUUUGCAGUAAAACAGCAAACAUUGAUAAUGAAAUAAACGUUCCGACUAAUUUAUCAAGCUCUUUCAAAUUAACAUUCUUUAUUAGAUAUGUCAAAUCUGGUAUAGUUGUUUUUUUCUUUCACCUGUUUGGAAUAAAAAUCAGUCUUGCUCCACAUCUGAACACACGUCGGAAAGCUACACAGCACCACUCCGAAAACACGCAUAAAGUCUGGAAUUCGGGGAAAUAUGUUUAAGUGGAUGCCAGUUGCCAAUCUUUGAACACAACAAAAAGUGCAAAUGACCCACUGAUAUGACCCCUUUAAAAAAAUGAUUGCACUUGUUUUGUAGGAUAUCUGAAAAUGGAAAGUAAAUAUAAUAUAAAUUGAAAAUAAUAAAAGCAAAAAACCCACGAUGUUUUGAUCGCAACACAAGCGGUCUUCAUCAGGCGGAGAAAAAAGAGGGGGCAAAGCCUCCAAAUGCAACUGUUUAUAAGGGCUUUAUUAUUUUUCAUUUAAUUUAUUAUCUAUUAUUUUUAUUUUCUAUCUACGUGACUUUACCCAAAGAACCAAGAAUAUUAAUUCCUGCAGUCAUGAAAGUUUCAAGUCAAAACUAUCUAACCUCUCCAUGUAUCUUCCCCUUCUCCCUCGUGUCUUAGUCUGCCUCUCCAUAUCAUAUGCUCAUGGUGGGGGAUUGUUGUUGCUGCCCCACUGCUCCCGUCCCCUGCAUUCUCCUUCCUUUCCGCCCCACUGCGAGCAUUGGUGAGCCAUGUGAAUACGCUGGCCUGCGAAACUCAAAACUUAAGGCUACGAUUUUGUCACGGUAAUCACGGUAAUUUAAUGUGAAAUUCACAGCCAAGGUGAGGCAUUUAAAACAUGCGUGGCACUUCCUGUGUUUAUAUCCCUGUCUGCCCAUCUGUCUCAGUGUUUCUGUGGAUCUCUGUAAUUGUGGGGGUGUAUUAUUAUGUAUGUCUCCUUGGCUCUGUGUGAAUUUCCAUGGGUCAAUUGCUCCUGGUUGUUAGGGCAGGUUAUUUUUUCACCCCAGUCCAAUCCUGGAAGCACUUAACUUUGUUUCAAUAGUUAAUUCCAAAACUUUACAGUUCGCAUCCAAAUUCAUGAAUUCCGUGACCACCACCCACUACUUCUGUUACAAAAUCAUGGCUUUAUGAAAAAGCUUAAAGAUUGCAUAAGGCUUCGUAAUCCUCUGCUCCUUCUAAUUGGUCAAAUAUGUAUUUCAAGGCAAAGCGAAUAUUUGAAGCACCGUACAAUAAAAUGGGGCAGGUACAUCCUCUAUUAUUUAGAUAUGUCAGUAUUUUGUAAGACAAGCACUGCAUGGUGCAUAAACGUAAGUAAAUAUAUUUCUUAAAAUCUAUAAGUUAUGCUCUAUUUAUAUUCACAUGGAUCAGGCUAUACGCCAUGUGACUUCAUCGCCAGAGUUUAAAAACUCGAAGCGCGAAAAUGUGAAAUGCACAAAGAUUUUUAUAAAUCAAUUUAACAUAACAUGUAACUACUGUGCCUGUUGAUUUCUAAGUAAAUUGUAGAGUUGUCUGGAGUAAAACUGCUAAACGUUCGAAUAAAAUGAUUGAAGUG